UACCAUAGUGUGCACACGUAUAUUCAGUGUUUCUUUUAUUGUAGUCCAAUAUAUUUGUGAAUCAUCCAAGAUGGGGUGUGGCGAAUUCCUCGUCAAGUACAUAUUAUUCUUCGUAAAUCUAUUCUUCGCUUUGGCAGGUUUGGCGCUUCUGGGCUUAGGUAUUGCAAUCCAGUUACAGCUCAAUGUAGUGUUAGAUACUGUACCGGAUCAUGGAAUCCAAGUAGCCCCCAUAAGUGCCAUGGUCAUUGGCGGUAUUGUAUUCGUCAUAGCCUUUUACGGAUGCUGUGGAGCUAUCAGAGAGAGCAACUGCAUGUUGGUGACUUACGCAAUCUGCAUGAUUAUCUUGAUGAUCCUAAAGAUCACACUGGCCAGUUUAAUAUUCGUUAACAUGGACAAAAUUAUUGCGGAGAUUCCACUUCAUCUGCAGAACAUAUUCAGUACAGAUGAAAUAGCUUUUGGAAAUAUCCAAGUGGCGUUUAACUGCUGCGGCACCACUGGGCCUAUGGCAUACCCCAACCCUUUGAGUCUCCCCGACAGCUGCUGCGCUAACGCUCCCUGCCAGCUUUUAAAUUCAUACGAGGGCUGCAAUGUCAAGCUGACCAAUGUUUUCACCACAUAUGGCAUAACGAUAGGCAUUGUACCACUUGUCAUCGCUGCUUUUGAACUGGUGGCAGUGGUAUUCAGUCUUUGCCUUGCAAAUCAUGCCCGCAACAAACACAGAAGGACAUCAAUUUGUUACAAGGUUUACAAACAAGGACUCAAAAUGUGUCGAUCGAUUGCGAAAUACACAUUGUUUAUUGUGAAUUUACUAUUUGCCUUGGCCGGCUUAGUGCUUAUUGCCUUCGGAAUAGUGGUCGUAAUAGCAGUACCCGAUGAGAUUAAAGCAGCGUCUAUACCGUUCUUUGUAUUUGGCGGCAUUAUAUUCCUGAUCGCGUUCUGUGGAUGCUGCGGGGCCAUUACCGAGUCAAAAUGCUUGCUUAUUUUGUUCUCCAUAGUCAUGGCAGUACUGGCUGCAUUGAAGAUAGUUACAGUGGUAAUGUUUGCAAAUGUAGUAAACAGAGGCCACGACGCAAUAGAAGACAGGAUUGUGAAAAAUUUCGGCGAAACUGUAAAUCCUGAAAUGCACAUUUUCGAAUUUGUUUUCACCUGCUGCGGCACCAACGGAUCCAUCUCUUACGAUAACAGACCUCUAUAUGAGGAAUACCUACCGCCUACAUGCUGUAGGCUAGACAGCGAGCUUUGGCCCGGUCUGGACAAUAUAGACGAUAUAAGAGGAACGCUGAGUGCUAUCAUGGAGAGAUACGAAUUCAUCAAUGAUAUCGAUUUUGAGGAUAUAGACCUGACAGAGUAUCAGUGCUCCAGAGAGGACGCGGUAACAGACGGAUGUGUGGACUCUGUUACUAAUUUCACAAAGCGAUACAGUAAUAUUGUAAUAUAUGUCUUCGUAGGAAUAAUAUGUGUAGAAGGUGGAUUUCACCAAUCACACCAUAAACCAAGUUCAAGCAAUCGCACCAAGUUCAAGGAAACGGAGUUCAGCGUAAACUCGAAAAAAAGAUCGACGUUGAUCUAG